UAUUUCGUUGGGCAUACGUAGAAAAUGGCGGCCUCCAUGAAAUUUUGACAGUCGAAAGUUGUCACAAGUUUUUUACGGUUUACUGUAAAGUGUAGUUAUGUCUACGCUUGAAACUUGGGUGAACGAUAAACUACAUGAUAUUCUUGGAAUAUCAGACAAAUAUAUUGCUCAGUAUUUGAUAGGUCUUGCACAAAAAGCUAAAUCUCAAGACGAAUAUAUCCAGAAAUUGAAAGAUACGGGCACUAUUGAUGUUGAUCAGAAUGUCGUGAGCUUUUCUAAUGAACUGUGGCAUAAGGUACCACACGCAGCUGUUAGGGAGAGUGCAGGUAAAGCUCACACCAGGGCCGUGUUAGAACAACAACAGAAAAAUAAAACUUACCAACUGCUGUCUGAUGAUGAUGAUGAUGAUGAUGAGCCAGAAAAGUUUGUUAAACCCUCAAAGAGAUCAAAGACAGAUAAGGCUUCUCGUCACCUCAGGAAGAGGAAGGAAGAGAGCAGUUCUGAAAGUGAGGGAGAAAGUGUUGUAAAGCGUAAGCAAAGCCGGAGGCAGGAAACGGUUGAUGAAAGUUCAGAAGAUGAGUAUGAGAGAAUGGAAGAUGAUAGACAGAAAGAUUUGGAGGAAAGAGAUGCAUUUGCUGACAGACUGAAAGAAAAAGACAAAGGAAAAACUCGUAAUGUCAUGUCUAAAUCUGAAAAAAAGGCUUAUGAAGAAGCAAAGAAAAGACUGCAUUUGGAAACAGAGGACCGUAAGAAGAUUAUGCCAGAGAUACGUAAGAAGUCACGGCGGGAUUAUUUAAAGAAACGUCAUGUUGACAAAUUGGAGGAAUUGGAGGCUGAUGUUCUUGAUGAAGAGUAUUUAUUUGGAGAUCAAAAGCUUACAGAAAAGGAGAAACGUGAGCUGGAGUAUAAGAAGAAGGUGCUGAAGUUAGCGAAGGAGCACAAGUCAGCUGGUGAUAUGGAGAAGGUCAACAGAUACUUUAUACCUAAGGAAGAUGAUAAACCGUCCGAUAAAUACUUCGAGGAUGAGGGACCCAAAGGCCCAAAUUCUGAACAGUUGAAAUGGGAGGAAGAGCAUGUUGGGGCAGCACUCAUGUCAUUUGGGGCCAAAGAUUCCAAACAAAAAGCUAAAGAGAAAAACAAAGUGAAAGAAUACGAUGUAAUCAUGGACGAGGAGAUUGAAUUUGUUCAAGCCUUACAGAUGCCGGGUACCAUCACUGAAAAAGGCAAGAAAGAGCAAGAGAUGUCUGAAUCACAGAAGAAAAAAUUAUCAAUUAAAGAAACACAGAAAAGUUUACCUAUAUAUCCAUUUAAACAAGGUUUACUGGAGGCUGUGGAACAGUUUCAGGUCCUCAUUAUAGAGGGAGAGACUGGGUCAGGAAAAACUACACAAAUACCUCAAUAUCUCUAUAAAGCUGGUUAUUGUAAGGAUGGUAUGAAGGUUGGAUGUACACAGCCGAGGCGAGUGGCAGCAAUGUCUGUAGCAGCAAGAGUGGCAGAAGAAAUGGGAUUCAAACUUGGAAAUGAGGUUAGAUUUGAAUACACAUUUUACAUAUCUUCAUAA